UGGGAGAGACUUACACUGCAACUGAAUCUCAACUAAGAAGCACUACAGCGAUCAACAGCCUUCCUGCGAACCGGUUGCAGUUCUGAAAUAAUAUAGGCUACAUCUGUUGCUUAACUUUUGAAAUAAACAAUAAUAACCUAUUAAUAAUUUAUUCUUUUUUAAUUAGUCAUUUAAAGGACAUCCAAUGGAAUACCAAAAGGCGGCAGAACUGAACGGUUUGUGCAAAGGCAAAAUUGUCACAGAGUAUCUCUGCCGAAACGGCUUUAGCGAGCUGACAGUCGAUUCGAAAAAAGUCUCUGUCCAGCACAAAACCGAGGCGUCCCGGAAAGAGGCGGAGGAUGAGUCGCGGUUACCUGCUCUGGAGGCGGCGUACACAACCAUCCUGCGAGGUCUGGGAGAAAACACGGACCGACAGGGGCUCCUCAAAACCCCGCUCCGUGCUGCGAAGGCCAUGCAGUUCCUGACCAAAGGCUACCACGAGACCAUCUACGAUGUCCUUAAUGAUGCCAUCUUUGAUGAAAACCACGAGGAGCUAGUUAUUGUGAAAGAUAUUGACAUGUUUUCACUUUGUGAACAUCAUCUAGUACCAUUUUUUGGCAAGGUUCACAUAGGAUAUCUGCCAAGUAAAAAGGUUGUUGGCCUCAGUAAGCUUGCGAGGAUUGUUGAAAUCUACAGUCGCAGACUUCAAGUCCAAGAACGCCUGACAAAACAAAUAGCAAUGGCUAUCUCUGAGGCCUUGCAGCCUGUCGGUGUGGCAGUUGUCAUCGAGGCAGCUCACAUGUGUAUGGUCAUGCGUGGAGUGCAGAAGAUGAACAGUCGUACUGUGACCAGCGCCAUGCUGGGUGUGUUCAGAGAGGAUCCAAAAGCUCGAGAAGAGUUCCUGGCCCUGACCAAAGGUGCACAGUGAUCACACUACCUUCCCUGCUCCAACUCCAUCAGUGUGUUUACAGCCAAACAGGUCAAUGAAUAUUCUCGACAUUUGAACCCACCAUGGUGCUAAGAGAAUCUUACUGAGCCAGAGUUGUAGAUCUUUCCACCAGCUACUGAGACUCAGGGGUCUUCACUGUUUGCAUAUAGAAAAUGUGAAUUGAAAUAUCAGUAUUACAUGAACUACUAGUUUUGAGAAACUAACACCGAAUGGCCAAACAUUCACACAGCUGCCUUAAAACUGAUAUUUCUAUUAUCUUACUUCUGAUAUUAACAACUACUAAAUUGAAAACAUAUUGCCUCAGAUAUUUGUCUAACCUUAUGACUUUUUACAAAAUGAAGAUACUAGAACUAAUUUGUAUAUACCUUUAAAAGAAAUACAUUUUUCUUGUCACCGUUAUACACCGAUUAGAUAAUGUUUAAGAGGUCAUAAGCAAACAUGAUCAAUAAUUUAUAGUUAUAUAAGUCAAUGAAAGGUUUCUUGUGACAUUACUGUGUGGCAUAAUUUAUAAAUGGUUAGAAAUAAACAACAAUGCCAUUAUGAUAUUGUCACUUUUUUACAUAAUAUAUAGAACUGAAUUGUAUAAGAAGUCAAAACAAAUGGCAAAUGCCACAAUAAAGCACCAUUAUGAGA